AUGGCGCAGGUGGUGAAGAAGAAGCUGGUUGUCGCCGGUGGAAAUGGGUUUCUAGGGUCGCGCAUCUGCAAAUCCGCCGUCGCUCGAGGCUGGGAUGUCAAUAGUCGCUCUGGCGAGCCUAAAUGGUCUUCAGUUACUGCAGAAUCGGCCCCUCCUCCUUGGUCAAGUUCUGUCACUUGGGCCAAGGGAGACAUUCUCAGACCAGACACCUACACUUCACACCUGAAAGACGCCGAGGCCGUGGUGCAUACCAUGGGCAUCCUCCUCGAGGCGGACUACAAGGGAGUUCUCCAAGGCAAAGAGGGAAUACUCUCUGGCUUGUCGAGGGCAUUCAGUACAACAAAGGCUGGCAGCUCGAACAACCCAAUGGACCGCCAGCCGGGCGAAGCAUUGGGGAAAGGAGAAAAGGAUGGCCAGAUCACGUAUGAGCUGAUGAACAGAGACUCUGCGAUUGCUCUGGCACAAGAGGCAGAACGUGAAGGUGCAAAGACUUUUGUCUACGUCUCAGCUGCAGCCGGCGCCCCUAUGCUCCCCGGCCGAUACAUCACGACGAAGCGCGAGGCCGAGAGCAUAAUUGCGAACAGAAUGGUGAAGCUGAGAAACAUAUUUUUCAGGCCGGGAUUCUUAUACGAUGACAGCCGAAUGUUCACGCUCCCGAUAGCAGCCUCUGGCAUGGUUGGAAGCACAGUCAACAGCAUGCUUGGAGGCAGCUUGACUCGCAUAUUUGGAGCUGCAGUCGAAAAGCCCUUGAAAGCAGACCUGGUGGCAGAAGCUAUAGUGGAAGCUAUUGCUGAUGAUUCAACGAAGGGCGUGGUGGAUACAAAGUCGAUCGAGGCUCUUGCGGCAAAAGCCUGGCGAAGGACAAUGCUCUGA